AAUGAAAACAAAGCAGCCGGGCCAAGUGUGUUUCCUGGAGAUGUCCCUUCUUAUAAAAGCCCAGCUGGCCACUGCCUUCACACAGGAUCACGCUAACAGAGAGCCUGCUCUUCUCUGCGCAUUUAGGACCAAGUGCUAUCCAAACAUGAGUUCCCACCAGCAGAAGCAGCCCUGCACUGCCCCACCUCAGCUGCAACAGCAUCAGGUGAAACAGCCUUGCCAACCACCACCCCAGGAACCUUGUGGCCCCAAAACCAAGGAGCCCUGCAACCCCAAUGUUCCUGAGCCCUGUAACCCCAAGGUUCCUGAGCCCUGCCAGCCUAAGGUUCCUGAGCCCUGCCAGCCUAAGGUGCCUGAGCCCUGCCAGCCUAAGGUGCCUGAGCCUUGCCAGCCUAAGGUGCCUGAGCCUUGCCAGCCUAAGGUGCCUGAGCCUUGCCAGCCUAAGGUGCCUGAGCCCUGCCACCCCAAGGCACCUGAGCCCUGCCAUCCAGUUGUUCCUGAGCCGUGCCCAUCAACUGUCACUCCAGAACCGUGUCAGCAGAAGACAAAACAGAAGUAAUGCCGUCCACAGCCAUGCCUUGAAGACCUGAUCACUGGGUGCCAAGGCCACUUUCCAUUCUGCUUAUGAAUACCAUUGCCCUGUGCUUCACAUACUGUGACCAUAGGUCUUAAUCCCUCCCUCUUUCUGUGACCUAAAAAGAUGUCUCUCACACUCAUUCUCGAGGGUCCCUGAGCCUCUCAACAGGACCCAAAGUCUCACUGAGUGGUUAAUCUUCCCAUGGCUCAGGAUUCAUCUUUAGGGGGAUGGGGAGUGAGACAAGUGAAUUCUCAAUGUUCUUCUUCAAUAAAAUGCCUUUUAACUCCA